AGUUUGUUUCACUGUGUUUGUUUUGUGUUGGGUUCUGUCUUGCAAGUGGAACGGAAUGGCCGAUGAGAAAUGCGCCCCUCCCAGCUCGCCCCGACCCUGACCCCAGAUGUUGUGUAGGUGACAGGCCUUUCUGUCCUGGAGGAACUGCAGGUAUCCCAACUUUUAGCGAAACGGACAAAGUCGAGAUCUACCAUUCUGAUUCGGAACUAUUGCCUUCACCUGCGGCACGUAAUCUGACCCAUGCGUCACUCUACAUCAGUAACUUGAACACCGGCAAGAACUACACGCUUGAGUGGUAUUCGUUCUUCAAGUUAGCGAACUGCAUGAAGCCAAAGGUUCUGGACGAUGACUCUCUCCUCUGGUGCAACCAGGGUGGGUCCUGUUUCAUGGACAACGUCGUACCCCGACUGAAGGCGGGGGAGCGUUUUCUCGUGGCUACGAUAUCAGGUGCGACGUUCAACUCCUUUGCCGACUGGGUGCGACGUGAUAACAACACUCAGGUCAUGGGACAAGGGUAUUACAUUGCCACGUCUCCAGAUGGACAGCUAUGGUUUGAAGCUAAUGACUGCGGCACGUUCGCUAUUCGUGCAUACGACGCACUUUCUGACUUGGGGGUGAAGUUCUACCAGGCCAGACAGCCCCACUACAGCCGAGGCUUUAUCUCCGCGAAGCAGCCAACAUUCCUGGGAAGUGUGACAGACAUCUUUGGCCCAACCGGGAACCAUACGCUGGCCGGGAAACUCGUGCAGUAUUACAAAGAAGACGACCGAAAAGAGGUUGAGAUGGAGUAUGGUUACAUGUACUUCAAUCAAGCCUACUGGAAUUACACGAAAACUAGCACUAGUAUAAUAAUCACUAACGUGUUUGUGCCGCUUCCUGGUGGUCAGUCGUAGCUCAUUCGGCUGCACUCGGCUGUACUCGACUGACUCCGUUACCUAUAUUAUAAUCCGGGCAGCAAUGGAAUAUUUGUAUUGCAUCCUUUCACUGUGAUAUAUAUAUAUCACAGUGAAAGGAUAUAUAAAAUGAAAACAAAUCUAGAUUUAUAUAUAAGCAUGUCUAGUUUGCUCUAUUCCAAAUUCAGAGAAAAACAUAUGUUAAACAUCUGAGAGGGGAGAAAUGUAUUGUUUCCAAAAAGAUUUCAUGGACAAUGUUAGUCUAAACGACCAAUACCAGCCUAUGCAGAUCGUACAUGAUCGGCGAUUUCGAGAAAAGAUUUUUCAUGGUUAAUUGUAAUUAGGUAUACAAUUUGGUAUCGAGAAACAGGUUUGUGUUGUGUAAUGAUAUAGUCACGUGAACGAUGUUUUAUAUAUGACUAUAGUUCAUCUGUCAGGGCCAUAAUAGAUUAACUCUCGUCACAUGAAAUCAUCGCUUGUUCCUUAACAUAUUUUUAGUUGUAUAGAUUCCUUCCAAUGCUAGCGGAGAUAAAGUAUGAGAGAGUCUUCAAUGUAGGUAUGUAGUACCAUACUUUUCUGGUGCAAAAUCUUGAAAUUUUGAAAGUUUUCGUCGUGGGAUUAUCUUAAUAUCCUUUGGAUUACAAAUAUAAAGUAACCCCAUCUAACAAUCCUUAGCAAUCAAUAAUACAUCAUAUGCUAGUUUACCCACAUUGAUAUUAUAGUAUAUUCUAUUUUUUUAGUACAGGGUAUUUCGAUGACUUAAAAAUUCUGAUUGUUCACUAAAAGGCCAAAGGCCAUAGAGCAGCCUGUUUCCGCAUCCUAUGGCUGCACAAUUUGACAAAACUGUUAACAUACACUAAAGCCAGAUUUUUGGUUUUGGUGUGGUGAUUUUUGGCACAAAUAUUCAGAUCGGUAGGUCGAAAAAAAUAUUAAAAAUUAAAAAAUCCAAGUUCAAAUUUAUUUAUUUUCUGUUUCUUCUCGCAAUUCGUUAUAUUUUUUUUUCAAUAUUUUAAGCUGAAUUAUCAACAGGUUUUAAUUAUACAUA